AUGCUUACUGAAAAAGCAGAAAAACUUGUUUACAUAUACUGGAAUACACGAAUUCUUCAUCAAUUAGGAAGAUUUAUAUCAGUUAAGGACUUGCAAGGUAAUAUAGUUACAAUUAAUAAUAUCGAAACAAACAAUGUUCACUUAGAUAAUCGAGAAUUAGUAUUAGAAAACAAUGAAAUAUUUGAAGAUAAUUUUACUAAUAGACUUCUAAACAUAUUUGAUGACG